AGUUAAUAUUGUAAUCACUUUAUAAUUAAUUAUAUGCAUUUCAAUAUCACUCAUUGUUGUACGGAGUACAUUUUUUAGUCAAGUGUAGUAAUGUCUUAUGAGCCAGACGAAGCGAGGAUCGAAGAGGUUAAAGAAACGCCGCGUUCCCCGAAAUGCCGGAUACCGCAACGCUGUCCACCGCUGCGGUCAAGGACCCAAAGUAGCAAAAUGACACGCAAUGUAGAGGAUCACUUGCAUUCGCCGAAACCUAAUAAUAACGACGUUCGCUUUACCUCACCAACCCCACGCAUGGUAACGAAGUGCACAAUUUCUAGACCACGUUCUACAGAGAAUCGGGCACGAUCCGCUCAAAAUCAUGAGGAAAAAACAAAGAACAUGGCCCCGCACCGUUGUUCGGUAUCGGACCGAGUCAGGCGCCAAUCUCCAGCUGCGAACAAAAAAGUACUGAGUAAAAGGCCAGAAGUAUCAUCUCUCAUUUCGAAAAAUCAAGCUACAAAUCUCCAGCAAAAGAUGCACGUGAUGCAUUCUAAGCAGCAACUACAAGAUGUACCAAAAGAGUACGAUGAGUCAGAGCUGGACCACGAUUUUAAUGAAAUGGUUUUAAAUGCCACUGAAGAAGACGAACACACACAAGAUAUGCCAUCUGUGACAGAAGUAAUGCUUGAUUGGCAAGAGAAAAAAAUGAUAUUUGAUAAAAUGAAAAGUGAACUGGAAUCUCGACAGAAUGAGAUUAUGGACUUGUAUGCCGUUCUAAAGAAAGAUAAAAGAGCAAUGUCCGCUCAUGGUCACCAAUUACCUUCCACUGAAGAAUUAAAGAUUAUGAACGUGGCAAGAAUGUCUUCCUGUCAAUUAUUUCAGCUUUACACAGGCUCUAAAAAGAUUGAAGGUAAGUUUUGAAAGGGCAAUUUAAAUAUUGACGUAAAUAAGUUUUACAAUAUGCCUAAUAAUAUAAUUGGUGUUUGCGACCAGACGUUAAUAAAAAGAAAAGAAAUUAUCGAUUGGUUUGAGACUUUGAUAAAAGAAGAAAAGGGUAUAAGUACAUACAAACUUACAAAGAAAAUUAACCAAUUCAAUGCAGAAAAUGAAGUACUCAAAAAUUCAUUACAAACCGUGAAAGCUGCACUUUUUCUGGAACUUGACGAAAUUGUGGGUUACUUGAAGAAAAGCGUGAACGAGACCAUAGCCUUUCAGCUGCGGACGGAAGAUCUGACUUAUGAGUUAUCGGAACUAAAUUCAUUGAACGCUGACCUACGGAAACAACUUCAUACCGCUGAUAACAUGAAGUCACCUACAAUUAAAUAUAAAAUUCAGGAAUUAGAGAAAGAACUAAAGGAGGAGAAAUGCAACAAAAAAAUGAUCAGAGAUAGAUUAACUCGGGCAGAAGGUCAACUAAAAAUUGGCAAUGACCGCGUGACGCACCUCGAAGCUGCAUUGGAACAGGCUCGCCAACAGAAUUGGACACUAGAACGUACCGUGCAACAACUAAAUGACCAGAACCAAAAAUUACAAUCAGAAUUUGACAAAGAGUUAAACAAAUUCACUGAGUCAAUAAGAGUGAACACCGUGCAUCUCGAAGAAAUCGCAAUGGCGCGAGAGAAACUGCAAAUAGAAAAAGAAGACCUUGAGAAGCGUUUAGAAAAGUUAUCGGACACAUACAACAAAUCGCUGGAAAAGAUGCAACGGGAAGCUGAUCUCAACUCAGAGAAACUUGCAGAAGCUGAAAAGAAGUUUGAUGACGAAAAAGAAGAUAGACAAAAUUUGGACACAAAACUUAAUAAUAUAUGUGCACAACUGUUUGAAUUGGAGUUACGUUACAAAGAUACAUUAAAUCAAUUGCAAGAGAAGGAUAUUCAGUACAAUGAAGCCAUAAAUAGCAAAAAUCAACUAGAAGCUGCAGCACAAAAAGAAGUUUUAACAGUUACACAAGAACUGGAAGCUGCUAGACAAGACUUAGAAUUAGCUAAUAUAGAACUUGAUGAUUAUAGAAAACGUUUAAUGAAUCAGGGUGAUACUAUACGGGAAAUAGAGCACAACUUAAAAGAAACCAUUAGCUUGGAGAAGAAUUUGACAAAUGAACUUAAAAGAAAAGAAGAGUACAUUGAGGAACUCGUUAAAAAACAAACUAUUUUAGAACAACAACUACAGGAAGGUGAAUCGAAGAUGGAAUCCUACGAAAAGCAAAUGACAUGUCUUAAAGAAAAUAUAAGUAAAUUAAGAAAGGAUUUCGGAGAAUUUGAAAAUUUGACUCAACUUCAUGAUAUGAUGAACCAACAACGUACAAAAUUGUUAGAGGCAACUCUACAGUGUAGCAAAUUAGCGAAUGCACUUGAAAUGAAAGAUCUUGAACUUGAAGGUCACUUACAACAUAUAACUGAACAAGAAGCCAUCUUAGAUCGACGCGAUGGUCUAGUUAAACUUUUAAAAGAUAAAGAAGUAGAUCAAAAUAAUAUGAUAAAAUUGUUAAAAGACAACUUGGAAAUGCGCGCUCAAGCAGACACCGAUUUAAGUCAACAAAUCGUACAUAAGAACCGAGAAAUCGAAACUCAUAUCGCAAACUUGGAAACAAGUAAACAACAAAUAUUACAAUUAGAAAAAAUCAUUCUUGGUUUAGAAGAUCAAUUGCGGAAAAUAAACUCGCUAAGAAGAAAAGAUCAAGAGAGAAUAAAUUUAUUAGACAAAACACUGAAUGAACUUGAAGCUAGUCAUACAGAAUCCAACCGUUAUAUGGACACUCCUGUAGAUAACCUUGAUGACUUAAUUAAAAUACUUGAGGACGAAUUAGGUACGUCGUGUCAACGCGAGUUUGAAGACCGACAGGUAAAAAUUCUAAAAAAGCAGUACUUUGAAGAUCGAAACAAGGAAAAACUUGACAAAUAUGAACAUCAGGAUGGAGAUAAUUCUUUGUACCAAGCGGAGCACGACAAAAUGCCUACAAAAAUUGUAAUGGGCAAUUUUGUCAAAAAGACAUACUUGACAUCAAGCGACGAAAAAUAUAAAGGGGAACUCGAUCACAAGAAAGCAAUUACAAGUAUCGAUGCGCAGAACUGGGUACCCCUUCAUGCGGAAACUGAGUACGCUAUAACUUCCGGUUCAAAUGUAGACAUGCUACUACCCCACAGAAGAACGAUUCCGACAGCGCAAAUUAAAGACCAAUGUUUGUCGAGAAAGUUCCAGUUACUGACUUCUAAUCAACGUGAUGAAAAAAAGUGCAAAAUGUUUAAAUUGGCUGGGCAUAGGCUCUAA